CGACCUGCAAGUCGGCUCUCCUGGGUAACGCGGGUCGAUGAACCGGCUCGCCGGGCGUUUUUGCUGUCGCCCUAAUCGCCUCCCCAGGUUAACUAGUUAAAGGGAUCACUAGUUCGCCGCCUACGAGUAAUCAGAGACGCGCCCGACACCCACGGGGGCCGUUUUUCACACACGGGCGGUGCGACUUAAUGUAAAGAUGGCUUUUGCUGGUAUUAAGAAAUGUCUGGUGUUUAAAUCAGGGGGAUCCGUUCCAGACAUCCCCUUUGGUCGCGCUAUACCGUGUCGCCUAGGUGAUCGUGUAACCAAGAAGCCCGUUUAACUCAUCAUAGGGACAUUACACCCCCCCCCCUGAACAAGUGCUUCCUAGAGUUUGACCAGGAAGUGUAGUACAUCUGCUUGUAAGGGGUCACUGUUGGAGUCCACACUGUCUGUGUGACAGCAUGGACUGGAGGUGACUGGGAUAAGCUGUCCAUCCCAUAAUAUAUUUGCUUAGUGGCAUCCCUAGCCCCCCCCUCCCCCAGUAGGGGGCCAUUGCUGUAUUUGAGACUCUUGUCUCAGCUGGGUUAAACCAGAUGGUUACUGGUUUUAUUUUGGUGUGUCUUAUUGCUGUCAUUCUCCCUAUUUGUGGAGUAUGAAGUCCAAACACCCUUAAGGAAGUAAUUUUGCUAAGUUUAAGUGGCACAACUCGUUAACAGCAAGGUAUUCUGCUAUUGAUGCCUGUGCUGUAUGCAAUGGACUGCUUUGCUUUUUAAUAUGAGGGUGCUGUAUGUAGCUCAGUGGGUUAAGACUCAGUGGGAAGGUCACCAGUUCGAAACCCAGGGUUGGCAAAGUAAUUUCACUACUGGCCCCCUGAGUGAGUUCCUUUAUUCCCCCCUCCCUCAAGUGCUGCAGGGAUUGGCUCCUUUCACAAAAAAGUACAUCGCUUUGGAUCAAAGCAUCUACCAAAUUAAUGUCAAAUGAAAUUGCACUCAUAGCUCCUGGGAUAGGCUCCGGACCCCCCGCGACCCUGCUUAGGACAGGCGGGUAUAGAAAAUGGAUGGAUGGAAAUAAUAUUAUCCCUUUUUAAUGUCUGUAAUCCCAUGCGUAUCUGGAAAUUUGAGGCGAGUGCAUUCACUUGAAGUUCAUAAUCGCUCUCUGUUGCUUUUGCUUGCUUUUUGCCGGUGGGCACCAGUGUAAGCGAUCAGGAUGAAGGUCUCUUUGGCGUGCGUGUUCUCUCAUGGUUCACAGCUUUGUCUGUACAUCACGUUUCAUGACAUGCGUGUCGUGGCUUGCGUCAGGGGCCCAUGACAAAAGCGAUGCCUCGGCCCCUGAGGGCCGGCCUCCCCAGCCCAGCCUCUGUAAUCUGUGAGGCAUCCGGCCCCGGCUCUGCCCUGCAGAUCUAGCAGCGGCUCCGGCUUGCUUAAGAGGCGGCCGGGAGGGUUCGAUUGGCCUGCAGGAACCGGAGCCGUAGUCGUCAUUGUUUUGCCCUCAACUUGUGACAAGAUGCUCGAGUCACACGCAGAGUCCAAGGUGGGGGGGCGUCCCAGCAUGCCGCUCGGCCGGGCCCCCAUCGUCGCCAAUGACGAGCAGCCGCACAUUGGCCAGUACCGGCUGCUGAAGACUAUCGGCAAGGGCAACUUCGCCAAGGUCAAGCUGGCGCGGCACGUGCUCACUGGGAAGGAGGUGGCUGUGAAAAUCAUAGACAAGACUCAGAUGAAUUCAUCCAGUCUGCAGAAGCUCUUCCGUGAAGUCAGGAUCAUGAAGCUGUUGAAUCAUCCCAACAUCGUGAAGUUAUUCGAAGUGAUCGAGACUGAGAAGACGCUGUACCUCGUAAUGGAGUACGCCAGUGGAGGUGAGGUCUUCGAUUACCUCGUCGCACACGGGAGGAUGAAAGAGAAAGAGGCCAGAGCCAAGUUCCGACAGAUUGUGUCGGCCGUUCAGUACUGCCACCAGAAGUACAUUGUGCACAGAGACCUGAAGGCAGAGAACCUGCUUCUGGACGCCGACAUGAACAUCAAGAUCGCCGAUUUCGGCUUCAGCAAUGAGUUCACGCUGGGGAACAAGCUGGACACCUUCUGCGGAAGCCCCCCCUACGCCGCCCCCGAGCUCUUCCAGGGCAAGAAGUACGACGGGCCCGAGGUCGACGUCUGGAGCCUGGGGGUCAUCCUCUACACGCUGGUCAGCGGCUCGCUGCCCUUCGACGGACAGAACCUCAAGGAGCUGCGUGAGCGAGUUCUGCGGGGAAAGUACCGGAUUCCCUUCUACAUGUCCACCGACUGUGAGAACCUGCUGAAGAAGUUUCUCAUUUUAAACCCGAGCAAGCGGGGCAGCCUGGAGCAGAUCAUGAAGGACCGCUGGAUGAACGUGGGUCAUGACGAUGAGGAGCUGAAGCCUUAUGUAGAGCCGACGCCCGACUACAAGGACCCCAAGAGGACAGAUGUCAUGCUGCAGAUGGGCUUUGCCCUUACGGAAAUCCAGGAUUCCCUGAUCAGCCAGAAGUACGAUGGGGUCAUGGCAACAUAUCUGCUGCUGGACUACAAGAAUUCGGAGCUGGGUGAGGGCGUAAGCCUGCCGCUGAAACCCCGCCCGGGGGCGGAGCUCACCAACAGCAACGUCCAAUCGCCGCCACUGAAGGUACAGCGCAGCGCCUCAUCCAAUCCGAAGCCACGCCGGGGUGGCGAGCAAGGUUCUUCCUCCUACUCUAAGCGUUCCCAGGGCGACAACAAGUACGCCGCCGAGGAUUCUGGGAGGAAAAGUUCCAGUAGCUCAGCCAAAGUGCCGCCCAGCCCUCUCCCCUCGGGGAAGAAGAGCACCCCCACGCCCUCCACAAAUAGCGUCCUGUCGACCGGUACAGCCCGAAGCCGGAACUCGCCCAUCGCGGAGAGAGCCACCCUGGGCGUCCCGAACGGCAAGGAGAGCCUGACCACUAUUGACUCCCAAGCCUCCAUGGCCACCUUCUCCUCUUCCUCCCAUCUCCGACACCACAAAUCCUUGUCUUCCUCCUCCCUCUCCAGCCCCCCUGACCUUCAGACAUCGCGGUCCAGGUUGUUCGGUGCUCUCUGUGCAAUGUUCGGAUCCUCAAGCGGCCCCCAGAGGAUGCCGGCGGCAUCACCCUCGGCACAGAACAUCAGCAGCUCCACGGUGACCAACUUCUCCAGAGGGGUGGCUAUCCGAAGCACUUUCCACGCCGGCCAGCGGCCCACGCGGGACACUCAGAACCCAGCCUACAAUGGCCCCCCUGCUUCCCCCUCCCUGUCCCAUGGGAACAGUCAGCCCCGACGCCCAGGGGCCUCGGGCAUCUUCAGCAAGUUCACCUCCAAAUUUGUGCGCAGAAAUCUGUCCUUCAGACUACCGAGAAGGAGUUCACACGAGGGAGAUGAUCGGCACGAGUCCACCAGGCCCAUGCUCAGCACUGCUGAAAAGAGCGAGAAAGGAGCGGGAGGCACACACGGCCCCCCUGGCGACGAGAACAAGGACUCACUGGCGCCCCCAGUGGGCGGCCCGGUUCACAACCCAGGCCCCAAGCCGCGCUCGCUACGCUUCACCUGGAGCAUGAAGACCACGUCAUCCAUGGAGCCCGGCGAGAUGAUGAAGGAGAUCCGUAAGGUGCUGGACUCCAACAGCUGCGAGUACGAGCUGCGCGAGCGCUACAUGCUGCUGUGCAUGUCGGGCGAGCCGGCCAGCGACGACUACGUCCAGUGGGAGAUGGAGGUGUGCAAGCUGCCCCGCCUCUCGCUCAACGGCGUGCGCUUCAAGCGCAUCUCGGGCACCUCCUUCGCCUUCAAGAAGAUCGCCUCCAAGAUCACCAACGAGCUCAAGCUGUGAGGGUGGGGGUGGGGGGGGGGCAGCCAGGGAGGAUGGAAGGGGAGCUGGCGGGAAAGACAAGGAACAAGCCGACCAUGUGCUGGAAGUGCCGAGAGCUGCCUACAGGGGGCGCUGUUUUGUGGGGGUUCCCUCUGCACCCCCUCCCCCCCGGUCUCCCCCAUUGCUCCAGGCAUCCUUCGUCCUCCCUAACCUGUGGCAUUUCUUUUAUUUUUUUGUUUUUUGGUCCCUGUUCUCCCUCGUUUCUUGACCCAGAGUUGUGCCACGGCACCAUGUUACUUGAGUACCCCCCCCUACCCCUUUCACUUGGACCGCCAUCGAUGUACGGUGGCCCAGCUGUGACACUCCGAAUGUGAAAUGCGUUGUGGCACCUGCUGGGACUCAACUGUUACUUUAUCGGUGACCUUGAAGUCACUAGUGACAGUCUGAAUAGCCCAGUGAUGCAGAGAGAGGAAUUAUGCCACCACCACCACCACCUCCCCCCCCCACCAGUGCCAUUCUACAAAAGUUUGUCCCCCUGCAUCCCCUCACUGCAUCUUACUGGAAUAGUCAAGAGUGCAGAUUUUGGGUAUUAGUAAUUUUUUUUUUCCUCAUUUUUUACUGCAGGGGUCAUUUAUUUUAAGGGCCAAUUUAGUAAUUAUCGGUGGAUUGUAUUGUAAUUAAGUUGCUGGAUAGUCUCACACUGCUGCACUGGAGUGAGUCAAGAGUUUUGUUGCCUUUUUUUUUCCCUCAAGAAAAUUAUGAAUAUUAUAAGAAUAAAGUUCAAUGAUUUUUUUUUUUUUGUGUUGCUCAACUUCAACUUUGUAUAGAGGGAAAUAAGCGACUCUCAGCCGAAUCUUGAAUCCUGGAUGCAGACUCCGAAUAUGGGACUGUAAGUAUGUGGGCAUCUCUGUAACCGUACAUCGCUGCAGAAUAAACGUCACUCAUGUCUUUUAAGUGUUUUAAAUAAUGCAUCAGUCAUCCAUAUCUACCUUAUGGGUUUUCUACAGCUGCUUGUAUAUAGGGUAAUCAAAUAAAGGAUAUGGUUUGGACAGGGC